GUGCGCGCUUCUUGCCGUAGAGCAAAACGUCCUGACAAAUCAAAGAUGGCUGCUUCCUCAUUGACAGGGGGAGGUUUCAAUGUCCUCCGACGGUUUGCAGGACAGAUACAUUCAAGAUUAUGUGGAGUAGCUUUGCUGCAGACUGCAUGUUGUAUUCACACAAGUGCACCCCUCGAUGGGCGCAAGAAAUGGGAGAGGAACAACUUGAUCGUCUACCCACCUCAGCAAGCCGAUGAACCACGCCGACCAGCGGAGGUGCACCACUGUCGAAGACAAAUUAAAUACAGCAAGGACAAGAUGUGGUACUUAGCCAAACUGAUCAGAGGAAUGACGAUUGACCAGGCCAUUGCUCAGCUCGAGUUUAAUGACAAGAAAGGUGCCAAAAUAAUGAAGGAGGUUCUACAAGAAGCCCAGGAGAUGGCAGUAAAGAGUCAUAAUGUUGAAUACAAAUCUAAUUUGUAUGUUGCGGAGUCCUUCUCAUCCAAGGGCAAGUAUCUGAAGCGGAUCCGCUACCAUGGCAGGGGGAUGUUUGGCAUCAUGGACAAGGUGCACUGCCAUUACUUUGUCAAGCUGGUGGAAGGCCCCCCUCCAGCGGUCGAAACCAAGACGGGCUUCGACCAGGCCAAGGAGUAUGUCCAGGAACUGAAGAACCGCACCAUCAUUCAUUCUCUUUAGUUCAGCUUCUCAACAACAGCUCUGUGUGUGUGUGUGUGUGUGUGUGUGUGUGUGUGUGUCUGUGUGUGUGUACACAUGUAAAUAACCGAAUAAAUGCUUACCUCUUA